UUACGUUUUCUGAGGGAAGUUUCUGUGAUCGAACUCAGAAUGAUCCCACUGACUUUCGAAAUCGUGCGCCUCGACAUCUGAAUUCCUAGGGAUUUUUUCUACUUGAGUCUGAUAUACACCGUUGUGGUCCUCAUAUGUAUUCAUCGAAACGAUUUGUUGGUCGUGAUGGUCGUCGUCGCUGUUCACCGUGUUAUCAUACCACUCUCCUCUCGGAUUCAGUCGUCGUCUGUACAAAGCAUCCGGAAGAAGAGUCAUACAUCGGGUUAAAGAUGGGGGAUUUAAAAGCGGAGUAUCAUCAACAACAGUUGAUGGCAACCGUUGGGGAUCAACCUCCCACUGCUCAGGCAAUCCCAUGCAAUGUGACGGGAGUGUGGCGAAAUGAGUUGGGCUCUGUGCUUGCUAUUGAGGCGGUUGGUUCUGAGCUCAGAGGCCUUUAUCAGAGUGCAGUGGCGACUGCUCCAGGAGUCACGGGUCCAGAACAGGCCAAGCUACUGGGUGUGACUGGUAAUCAGGGUCUGCAAACCUCUGUGGCUUUCUCUGUGUUAUGGGAGGCAGGUUCCUGUAGCUCUUGGGUUGGUCAGUGUUUCGAACUGCCUGAUGGGAAGCGAGUGCUGAAGACCCUGUGGAUGUUGCGCUCUGUGGCUUCAGGCCCUGCAGACAACUGGAAGAGUACCAGGCUGGGAGAGGACACUUUCGUCUUCAUUUCCUGAAAGCAGAAUGUACUGAUCACCUGGCAAUGCUGCAUUUGGUUUGCUGCCCUCUACUGAUAUUUCUAUGAGAGUUCAAAGAAAUAAUCUGUUUUAAUACUCUCUGGGCUGCCCUCUCAUCCAUGCCAUAAAUUAUGAUAUGUGUUCAAUUCAUGAAUAAAAAUGUGUCAUUUACCUUGUCUUGCCUGACAUAAAUAAAAGUUUCAACUC